GACUGCACUAGUGUAGUGUGCAUCUGUUUUAUUAGGAAAAAUCAAAUCAGAGAUACAAACCCUAAAUUCCCAAACUCAUAAUCCAUUCCCAAGCAAAAAUUAGGAUAUCACAAACAAACAAAUAAAGGGUUUGGGAUUUUAUUGAUGAAUUGAUAAUCAAAUUCCCAAACUCCAUUUGAUUUCAUCAUCCAUUCACGAUCCCAAAUUUCAUCAUAAUUCAAUUUUGUGAUUUUUUUCUAUCGAUCAAUGGAUGGAAAUAGUGAGGGAAAUCCUAAUCCGAAUUGUCUAACUCAAGAUUUGUUGAUUGAAAUUCUAUUUUGGCUACCUGUAGUAUCUCUUUUACGAUUCAAGUGUGUCUGCAAAUACUGGCGAUCGAUCAUUGAAAGCUCAGAUUUCAUUCAUCGACAUGCCACUUUCGAAAAAUCCACAAGUAAGUUGGGCAAUUUUAUAUUUCAAUAUCGUCCUAAACAUAUUAAUAAUUGCGAUUUCAAACCAUAUUUUUUCGUGUUAUCGUCGAAUCGUGGUAGUGGUGACGGCGGAGAAGAAGAUUAUGGGCAAUGGAGUUACAAAAAUUUAGGAAUGGCACCACAUUUAAGUGAUGAGGAUGAGAAUGAAAGGUAUGCUUAUUAUAAUCCUCAAGCAAAUAUGGUGGGUUCUUGCCGUGGCAUUAUUUGUAUACAUGAUCCUCAUGUUAAGGAUAUUAUCCUUUGGAACCCUGCGACUAAGAAAUUUAGAUGUCUGCCUAAAUCAUUACCUCUCCUAGACAAAUUUGACGUAUUUCUGGUAGAAUUUGUUUUGUUUGGUUUCGACUGCGAAACACAUGAUUAUAAGGUCUUACAGAUUAGUUAUUUCAAAAAUGAAGUUGACAUCGCUUCCAAAAACAAGGUUCAAAUAUACAGCUUACGCUCGGAUUCUUGGAGGUGGUGUAUGGAUGCCAAUUUAUAUAGUCAUGCUAGUAAACCCGAUUGUAUGAAUCAAGGUCGGUACCUUAAUGGUAGUUAUUAUUUCGUAGGAAAGAAUUUUCACACAAAUGAAACGAGGGAUAAUUUCUGGAGUUCAACAGUGGGUCUCUCGUUCAAUUUCAGCAAAGAGAGUUUCAGGAUGAUACCUGUUCCACACAACACCAAUCGGUUAGAUGUCAUAGGAGGUGAUCAGGGAAAGAUUAUUUACAUUACUUUUGUAACAAACAGUACUGCUGAGUAUAUUAAUGAAGCAUAUGAAGUGUAUGCUUUGAAUGAUUAUGAUUACAGUUGUAGUGUUACAAAUGUGGAGAAUAACGAGUACUCAUGGAGUAACUUGCAUAAGAUCACUAUUACUCAUCGUUACGGUCACGGUGGUCCUAUGGCAGUUACAAAAAAUGGAAUGUUUGGUUUUCUACGUGGUUUGUACGGUGGUCUGGUGUUUAUCAAUUUUCUUACAGAAGAAAUGAAUGAUAUUGAAAUCGUUGAUGCUUCUUCGGAAGGUUUGGGUCAAGUGCUUAGAGGCGAUGUUUACAAGGAGAGCUUAGUCUCAAUCGAUAGUUCACUUCCCAGCAAUAGCAACAGUUAAUAGAAACGAAAUCUGUUUUGACAGCAUUGGCAACUUUGGCAUGCAUAUAUGGUGUGGUUUGGCUUAUAUCGGUUUUAGCACUGCAGGACGGCUGCUUAAUAUUAUUAUCUCGUAAAUGAAUAGUUUUCAUUCUAUAUCAACCACAUAUUUUUAUAAAUUUUAUGGGAUUCUUCGGCCUUUUUACAUACGUGUACCUCUCUCUAGACAACAGUUUGUUGAUUCGUUUUAUGUGAUUAUGGUCAUUCAUCUGCAUAUAUAGUGUAUCCUGUUGGUAGUGUUGUUACGUUUUCGGCCUGUGUAACG